CAAAGAAUAGCAUAACGAUGUGAUUUCAGCGCUUUAAAAAUUUAUAUUUGGGGAAUGUAAUCCAAUACAUGAAAAUGUGAACGAAAACUACGCAGACUUAUUUACAGACAUGAAAUGUAUCGCAUCUAGAGCUGAGCCAUCUAGGACUAGUACAUCGUUGAGGGAAAACACAUAUGAACUUAUAUAUACAUGUUUACAUAAAUUAGGUGACCCAACUAAAAAUGAGACAAAACCUAUAGUACAUUGAAAUACAUAGAAACGCAUAUGGUUGUUCAACUUUUGACACGAGGAAUUUGGACCCCGAUUGGAUCUUCAGAAACAGCUGUAAUGAGUGUAGCGUGUAUCUAAUGGAGGGCACUCAAUGACACAAGGUACCUGAAAGCUGAUUACAAGAAAAAGACCGAGGUCGUUGAGAUAAAAUGCUGCGAUGACAAUAAUGACUCCAAUUAUAACAAAACAAAACAUAUGCAUAUUUGCCUAUAUGACAGCAUGGGCAAUUUCAUACCUAACAACAUUGCCAGUAGCAUCUGCGAUGAUGCGACCAAAUCAAACGUUUUGGAGUACUUCGAAUCUUCCAAAUCCAAAGACGAGGUUCUUGUGCCGAGGAGUGAAAAGUGUUCCUUCAUAUUUUUGUGACCCAGAGCAUAUCCUUGAACACGAUGAAGCACUUUCAAUACAGAGACGUCUCCAAAGAAUCCACAUGUCAUCGACCUGUUCCUGUGCUGCGGAUGAAUGCAACAGCCAUACGCCCUACUCUGGCUAUGAGUUCGUGGUCAUCUUAGUCAGCAAUAUAAUAUCAGUAGACAGAAAUGAUGUUGAGGAAUAUAUCGAUACGAGGGAGUCAUAUGAAGAACUGCCCGAUGAUUUCAAAAUGAAUGGCCGAUUUCCCCUGGAACCAGUCAAGUCAAAACAAAUACCCACAGAUGAACUUGCAAAUGCCGUACUUAGCGAGAAAUGGAAACUCGGACACUGCGGGGACUAUGCUCUACUGACCUAUGCAACAAAUAGUAAAACCUGCGUGUUUACGCAUGGUUCUACAUUAACUACCUUGACCAGCUCCAACUGCCAUCUAUCAAUGCGUAACAGCACAAGUAACAAUAUCACAAACUACAUUCCAACAAACAGCAACAAUAGAAACACUCAUAUGAACAACAAUACUCAUAACAACAAUGUGACAAAAACUAACAUAACCAUGCAGAAUAUGAGUGUUUAUCAAAAACUUGAUGAAAUUCUAUCUUACUACGAAUCUCAUUAUUUCUAUAAAGAUGGCGGUCCACGAACUGCGAUGAUAUAUGCUGCAAGCACAGAACCUGUUAAAAGAAAGGGAUUCUCUUUAUAUGUCCUUGCUCCGAUCUUGAUUUUUGCAUCAUUUAUUUUGAUUGUCUUAUUCCUUAUAAUUACGGAUAAAUAUAUCCUACCGUGGUAUAGGAACAGAUUGAGGUGCAAAGAUGAGAAAAUUCGAUACAGAAGAAAGUUAGAUCAAAUGAAUGGUAAUGAUUCUAAAAUGUCCAACUUGCACAAAGAGGAUCAUCUGCUAGAAGCGGAGAGUGUUGUCGACGCUGAUGAGGGAUGGUGGUGGGAUGAGUCUGGGCAGAGAAUACGUCAUGAAAGUGGAGAACCAGAGAAAGUGCAUGUGUAUUAGAUGUUUCCUCUAAAAGUUUGACUAGAAAAAUCCAGUUAACGUACUACAGUGUGUCUCAAAAAUAUGUUACACUUACAAAAAGUUCAAUAUCAUUCAUGAUUUUGACUUUCCCCUAAAAUAUACUUAGAUACCAAAAGACCAGCCUUUCUCAAAUAAAU